UCUCAUUGUUCACAAAGAUUAUUGAUGUAAUUCAUUAUAUACGUUAAUAAAGAAAUUUCAUUUGUUGACCUUUAGGUAUUUCCGAAUAUAUCGCGAUGGGCUGCGUGGCUGUUGAUAAUGCCGGUGAUGCAUGUUACCUGGCUGGCACCUGUGUACCUGCCUCUCAAUAGCAGAGUGACCAUCGCCCAACUCUCGCGAGACGGAACAAAAGCCUACUUUUGGGAAGUGUACCAGGUGUCUCCCGACGUUGCCCAGAGACGUCUACCAAGCGGCAGUUGGUUUAUGAUGGCAUCCAAAGAUAAACUAAACCGAACAAGCAACGAUAAUAAGAAUGACAUUCCAAACGACAAACACAUAUUGGAACCAGAUACUGCACUCCAAAAAGUUCGUCAGUCGUCAACGAAGAUGACUGAGAAAACUGCCACGUUCGGGAGAAUAAUUGCCGUAGAAGGUGACCUAUUGAUGCGAAGAACAGACCUUACUGGUCUCCACCUCACGUGCACUACUGUUGUGGCACCACCACUGACUGAGCUCAGUACAACGAAAAGCCGAAAAUCUAAGCCCGGGGGAAUAUAUGGCAGUGCGUUCCUGUUCAUGAAAGAAAUUACUAAUUUCACGUAA